AGCUGAUUUGCUGAUGAAUUAAAAAUUCUUCCUUCACACUAGAAAAAAUGAGGGACAGCUAAACCAGAUCCUACUGCCUUCAAAUUUGGUUCAAUGUAAUUUCAUUGGGCACCAGCAGUGGAACUCAUCUGUUCAAAAUGGUUUAUGGUGAAUUUUUCCGCAGACCUGGCAAAGAUGCAGAACUUAUCAAUCUGAAUGUGGGUGGCUUUAAGCAAUCGGUAGAUCAAAGCACCUUGCUCCGAUUUCCCCAUACCAGACUUGGGAAACUCCUCAAAUGCCAUUCAGAAGAGGCUAUUCUGGAACUGUGUGAUGAUUAUAGUGUUGCAGACAAGGAGUAUUACUUUGAUAGGAAUCCUUCUUUGUUCCGGUAUGUUCUGAAUUUUUACUAUACAGGUAAACUUCAUGUCAUGGAGGAACUUUGUGUCUUUUCAUUUUGCCAGGAAAUAGAGUACUGGGGGAUAAAUGAGCUAUUCAUUGAUUCCUGCUGCAGCAAUCGGUACCAAGAACGGAAAGAAGAAGGUCCUGAGAAAGACUGGGAUCAGAAGAGCAAUGGUGGAAGUAUAGACUCCUCUAAUGAAGAGUCAUCCAUAUUUGAUAAAGAGCUGGAAAAGUUUGACAAUCUCUGUUUUGGUGAAGUAAGAAAGAAGAUCUGGGUCAGAAUGGAAAAUCCUGCCUACUGCUUGUCUGCCAAGUUAAUUGCUGUGUCAUCCCUGAGUGUUGUCCUGGCAUCAAUCAUGGCCAUGUGCAUUCACAGUAUGCCAGAGUUUCAAAGGUUGGAUGCCAAUGACAGGGAGAUUGAAGACCCUGUGCUGGAAGCUGUGGAGAUUACGUGCAUCAUCUGGUUCACUGGUGAGCUAGUGAUCAGGCUCAUUGCUGCUCCAAGUCAAAAGAAGUUCUGGAAGAAACCACUAAAUAUUAUUGAUUUUGUCUCUAUUAUCCCAUUUUAUGCCACGCUGGCUGUGGACACAAAGGAAGAAGAAAGUGAAGAUAUUGAAAACAUGGGGAAAGUGGUUCAGAUCCUGCGGUUAAUGAGGAUAUUUCGCAUCCUGAAACUGGCCAGGCAUUCUGUAGGGCUGCGGUCUUUAGGUGCUACUUUGAGACACAGCUAUCAGGAAGUUGGACUUUUGCUUUUGUUUCUGUCUGUUGGGAUUUCUAUUUUCUCAGUGCUGGUCUACUCAGUGGAGAAAGAUGAUGAUUCAUCAGAACUGCACAGCAUCCCUGUUUGCUGGUGGUGGGCAACAAUUAGCAUGACCACAGUUGGUUACGGGGACACUUACCCGGUUACCCUUGCUGGAAAGCUGCUUGGCACCCUAUGCAUUAUCUGUGGCAUACUAGUGGUAUCACUUCCAAUCACCAUUAUUUUCAAUAAGUUUUCUAAGUACUAUCAAAAACAAAAAGAUAUUGAUCCAGACCAAUGCAACAAUGAUCAUAAAGAGAAGUGUAACGACCUACCUUAUUUUAACAUCAGAGAUAUUUAUGCCAAAAAGAUGCACUCCUUCAUUUCUAGCCUUUCUUCAGUAGGAAUUGUAGUCAGUGACCAAGAAUCAACAGAUGCUUCCAGCAUUCAAGAUAUGGAGGGUAUUUAUAACACAACAUCUUUAGAGGACGGUACAGGGAAUUGAAUUGAAUCACACUGUCUUCCCUUUAUUUCCCUUCUGAUUCUUGGUAAACGUGGACAUACAAACUUCAGUGAAUUUAUUAAGAGCAGUUAAUUCUCAGGGUACUUAACUCUCAGCCAUAUUUGGACAUUCUUUGCUCUGAGGAUGCCAUAAAACCUUCAUUGUUUAUGUAAGGCUUUAAAAUAUGCCUCAUAGGGUAGCUUAGAUUUACACAACUAAUGUUAUGCAUUUUGGGGGGGGGGCAAAGUCAGGAAAACAGUUUUAAAUGUAAAUUCAGUGUUUGAUUUUGUGGGGUUGGUUGGUUUGUUUGUUUAAUUGGUUGUUUUUUUCUUGCAGCAAUAUGAUUGUUUAUAUAGAAUGUGCUCUUAUAAUUUGCUGCCCUUCAGGUAAAGUUAUAUUACAAACAGGCAACUUCACUGACAUACAAAUCAGUGAAGUUUUUACUUUACCAGGAUAAAGAAGCAAUUACGUACGUGUAAAACUGUGCUCAUUUUACACAUUUAUGUAAUCUUGGAAUUGUGAACCCAUGCCCUAAAACUGGGACAGAAAAUAUAUUGGUACAUAUUGUUUUUACUCCAUGGAAGCAUAAUAUUUAUGAAUUUCUUUCCAAAAGCACAAUACAGUUUUAGUUUGUUAAAAUAAAUGAAUCCCAUUGUGCCUAUAUUUUCCCCAAUGUCCAGCAUGACCUAAAGGUCCUGAAUCAUGAGUUCCAGGAUGAAGUAUCUGGUGUAGGCAGCACAGGAUCUUAUUGUACCAUUUAGCCACCUCUUCUACUGUUAUGAACCUGAGCAAUUCUGGUGCCUGGAGUGAAUUCAGCUAUGAUUAAGACCACCCUUGUGACUUCCCAGAAGCUCUGUUUUGUGAGUACUGAAGCAAAUGUCUGUAGUAGUCUUCAGAAGUUUUGCUCCCUGCUGUCAGCACUGCUCCUUUGCUGGAAGUUGCUGCCUUGAUGGUAGGAGCAGAUGUCAGCAGCAUCUUCACUGCACUGGUUCUUGGUCCAUGGCUUUAAUGCCAAGCAACAGAGAUGUGCAGGCAUGCUCUCUUCUACCACAUAUCACCUAUCAGAGAUGUGGGGUGAGCAUCACAUGUGGGAACCAGUACGUGAAGUUGUUCAAGUUGUUCUAGCUCCUUUUUCUGAAGCUCAUCUGUUGGUGAUGGCAGCUUUCCUGGUUUGUACUAUGGGCUGGAGCAGUGCUUAUUGCCUGGCAGAGGACUGGAGCUCUCUGCAUUC